AUGAAGGUCGAAACUCAACAUGUGCCUCAAGAUUUUAUAACUGAAAUUUUAUUGAGGUUGCCGGUGAAAUCUCUUAUACGCUUUAAGGGUGUGUGCAAGUUUUGGCGCUCUCUCAUAUCUGAUCCCCACUUUGCAAAAUCACAUUUUGAACUAGGUGCUCAUAGUCAUCGGCUCGCCUUGAUCAAAAUCUCUCAUGGUAUUCAAACCAUAGACUUAGAUGAAUCGCUUCACUCUAAUCCUAUUUAUGAACCAAUAAAGAUGGACUUUUCAUCUACAGCUAUAGGUAUUGAUAUAGUAGGUUCAUGUAGAGGCUUUUUGCUACUCACCUUAGAUGAAAGGUUGUAUGUGUGGAAUCCAUCUACACGUGCGCACAAUCCAAUACCUUCAUCUCAUAUUCUUGACAAUUAUCAUCUUCUAUAUGGCUUUGGGUAUAUAUAUGGCUUUGGGUAUGAUUCAUCAAAAGAUGACUACUUGGUUGUUCAAGUGUAUGCUCAAUAUGCGGAGUUUUUCUCAUUGAGAACUAAUAUGUGGAAACCAAUUGAGGGUGUUGCCGAUUUACCUCGCUUGAAACUCUCUACUGAUCUAAGACCCGGGUUGCUCUUCAACGAGGCCAUUCACUGGUUGUCUUAUAACUGUGAUGAAUCAACAUAUGUUAUUAUCGUCUUUGAUUUAACGCAAAAGAGACUUGUAGAAAUACCCCAACCAUAUGAUACUAUACCCCGAUUAGAUGAGAUUGCUCGUGGUGGUCGUGAACCAGAUUGUAGUUUGUGGGUGCAUGGAAGUUUUUUGAGUCUAUCAGUUUUCAUGUGGUGGACUAGUACAAUUGAAAUAUGGGACAUGAAAAAAUACAAAGUAGAGUCAACUUGGAACAAGACUCUUGUUCUAUCUUCGAGUAGCUUUACCUUCAAUUAUUCUUUAUUAUGCUCUACAAAAAGUGGUGACAUUUUUAUGAAUAAUAUAGGAGAAGUGGUGAAGUGUCGUGAUAAAGGGAACCUACUAGAGCCUUAUUGCAAGUAUCGUGAUGGUGAUCUUGAAUUUCAUGUGCCCAUGUAUACUGAGUCUAUCCUUUCACUUCCUGAUGUUGAUGUAAGUGAGCAAAGUGAAGAAGAUGAUUGA